UAGACAGAGCCAGCCUCCAUGACUCUCUCCACACCCUGCAGCUCACAUCAUCCCGCUUGGUAUUCGUGACUCGUGAGCAACUAAUCCAAGAGAGAGCAAUGGAUGCCGGGGAGUUAUCAUGGGGCGCGCGGUGCGCGGGACUGAUCUUCUUCAGCCUGUCCAUCUUCUCGGUGGCGCUCGCCGCGGUGCUCCUGCUCGUCCGCCGGUGGCCCAACCCCUGGUGCGGCUGCCACGUGUGCCGGGCGUACCUCACGGGGUCAUGGGCCAAGGACUUCACCAACCUUGCCGACUGGUACGCGCACCUGCUGCGCGAGUCGCCGACGGCCACCGUCCACGUCCACGUCCUCGGCUGCACCGUCACCGCCAACCCGGCCAACGUCGAGUACAUGCUCAAGGCCCGCUUCGACAACUUCCCAAAGGGCAAGCGCUUCGCCGCGCUCCUCGGCGACCUCCUCGGCGCCGGCAUCUUCAACGUCGACGGCGACGCCUGGCGCCACCAGCGCAAGAUGGCCAGCCUCCAGCUCGGCAGCGUCACCGUGCGCUCCUACGCCUACAAGAUCGUCGCCCAGGAGGUGGAGGCCCGCCUCCUGCCGGUCCUGGCCGACGCCGCCGACAAGGGCAAGGUAGUCGACCUCCAGGACGUGUUCCGGCGGUUCGCCUUCGACACCGUCUGCAAGAUCUCCUUCGGGCUCGACCCGGGAUGCCUCGACCUCGACAUGCCCAUGUCGGACCUGGCGAACGCGUUCGACACCGCCUCGCGGCUCUGCGCCAUGCGGGGCGCGGCGGCCUCGCCGUUGGUGUGGAAGAUGAAGCGGAUGCUCAACAUUGGGUCCGAGAGGGAGCUCAAGAAGGCCAUCAAGCUCGUCGACGACCUCGCGUCGGCCAUGAUUCUGCAGCGCCGGACUCUGGGUUUCGACAACACCCACGACCUUCUGUCCCGCUUCAUGGCCUCGGACGUCGCCAUGGACGACAAGUAUCUCCGCGACAUCGUGGUCAGCUUCCUCCUCGCCGGCCGGGACACGGUCGCCUCCGCGCUUACCAUGCUCUUCCUCCACCUUCACAAGAACCCUCAAGUCGCGGCCGCCAUUCGCGCCGAGGCCGGCGGCGACAAGCCGUCCACCUACGAGCACCUGAUGAGCCUGCAGUAUACCCACGCGGUGCUGUUCGAGAACAUGCGGCUGUUCCCGCCGGUGCAGUUCGACUCCAAGUUCUGCACCGCCGCGGACGUGCUCCCGGACGGCACCUACGUGGAGGCCGAGUCACGCGUGAUGUACCACCCGUACGCCAUGGGACGCAUGCCCAGCAUCUGGGGCGCCGACUACGAGGCGUUCCGCCCCGACCGGUGGCUCACCGGACCCGGCGGUUCGUUCGCGCCGGCGAGCCUGUACAAGUACCCGGUGUUCCAGGCCGGCCUCCGCGUGUGCCUUGGCAAGGAGCUGGCCAUAACUGAGAUGAAGGCGGUCGGCGUGGCCGUGGUGAAGGCGUUCGACGUGGAGGUGGUCGGAGAGAACGGCCGUAGGGGCUGGGCGCCGACAUUUGUGCCUGGGCUCACGGCGUCCAUCAGCGGCGGCCUCCCAGUGAGGAUCAUCAAACGCACUUUGACUCCGAAUUCAUAAUUCAUAUCUCUACUUCUAAGGAAGCAAUUGGUAGUCUUGCUUUCAAGUUUUUUUAGUCCCAUCUUCCAUGGUUUUUUUCGUCCUAAAAAAAUCUACGAAAUUUCGUAGGUUAACCAGGGACAAUUCCCACCUCCCAGGUUUUUUUUCGUCCCAUCUUCCAUGAUUUUUUUUGGUACCUCGUCCCACCUCACACUAAGCCGCCACGAACCGCAAAAACCGCCUACCUUAGCCAAAUCAACAAAUCUCUCUCAUUAAUGCAAUUUUCUUUAGGAAACAAAUAAUAGAUUCUUUUCUACCUUAGCCAAAUCAACGGAUCUCUUCUAUUAAUGCAAUUUGCUUUAGCA